AUGAAUAGUGACGAAGAAUUGUACGAAGAGACACUUCGAUAUGAAAACGAAAUAUACCGAGAUCCACUCGACCACGAGAUCAGCGAUAGUAAUCUAAGCGAAGGUAGACUAAGCGACGAAGAAACAGAGAAACUCCUUAGUUGUGUAUAUUAUACAAGUGGCCCAGUUUCAAUAUCACCCCCCCAACCGAAACGGCAAAAACUAUCUACAGUAACAGAGGACACUCCAUCAUCAACAUCAACGUUGAGUAGACUAUCGUUGACUGAUACGUCCUCUUUGAGCACUUUACAGAAUAGUUCUCCUUCACCACUCUUGAAUACACCUUCGAAAAUAACUACCUUCGGUAGUUCUUUUGAAACUCCCUCGCGGACUUCUUCGGCGAGUCAAUCUUCAAUAUCAAUAAGAUCCCAAACCCAAACUCAAUCUGCUUCCUCUCAUAGCUCGUAUUAUAUUCUCAAGACUUCAUCUUCUUCGUCAUCCUCUCCAUCCUCUCCUCCACGUACCAAUCCCACCAAUCUCAACUUUUCAGAUAUUGAAGAGUCAAAAUACGGUAUUAAUCACGCUCAUGUAAGAAUGCAGUUACCAAAUAGAAAUAAGGAUGACAGGGACAUUAUUACAUUAGAGGACGAUGAAGAUUGGGCAAAUGGAGAGGUGCAUUUAAUAUCAGCAACAAAUACUACUACAUCCACCGAUGCAGUUGAUCUGUCCGAGGAGUUUGGUGGGCCACCAGUGAGGAAAUCCAAUAGAUAUUUUAUGCUCAAUCAUUGUCCUCUCUGUAAGCAGCUCGGUCAUCUGAAAAUCAAUUGUUCUCGUAAUCGUAAAAUAAACCAAAGUGCUGUCCGCUCUGCUAAUAAGCUUGAAGAUGUAUGGAGAAAAUAUAAAUAUGAAGUGGAUUGUGACUUUGGCAAAAACGUGAGAAGUUUUUGUUAUACAUGUGGAGUAAGAGGACAUUUUGGCGAUGAAUGCAAAUCAACUAGCACAGGCUAUUCUGCAUUUUCGAAAUCUCACAUCACCAAAGCCGAGAAGCAUAUAAUGGGUUUGCGUGAGAAAUCAAAGGAAGAAAUCGUCGGCUAA